UACUUCCAUGGCGCCGCGUUACGUGCACUUGCAGAAGGCGGCAGAUGCUUCUUGGUCUUGUUGUAGGGGUAGCUUGUGCUGUUUGUUUAAUCAGAAACUCAUGCAGAGAUGGUUAGAGUCACUGCUGCCUUGCUACUGGCUGGUUACUUUAUGGCUUAGUUCCUUGUCUAUAAAUUCAGAUGCAGUCCGAUGCCUUCUUCUUCAUCCAUUUGUCCAUCUCUGCUUCUUCUUCUUCAUCCAUUUGUCCAUCUGUGCUGCUUCUUUUUCAUCCAGUGAGGUGCAAUGAUGAAGAGAUUUGCGUUCGAGGAGAGGGAGAUGGCGCGCGUGCUGCUGCUCGUAUCACGGGAGCAGGCGAUGCCGAUGCCCGCGCGCGGCGACCGCGCUCCAGAGCGCGCGUUCGUGUGCAAGACGUGCGACCGCGUGUUCCCGUCGUUCCAGGCGCUGGGCGGGCACCGUGCCAGCCACAAGAAGCCACGUCUGGAUGGCGACGGCGAUUUCAAGCCCAAGAUGCACGGCUGCUCCAUCUGCGGCCUUGAGUUCGCCGUUGGCCAGGCGCUCGGCGGCCACAUGAGGCGUCACCGUGCCAUGGUUGCUGGAGGCCAUGGCGUCACGGCGGUGCGGCCGGCGAUAACGACCAACAACCCUAAUGACAAUAGCAACGCCGUUGUGGUUGUUGGCAGCGCAGGCGGCAUCAAGCGCGGGCUGUGGCUCGACCUGAACCAACCGCCGUGUGACGAUCUGUGUGGCAGCGACGUCGAUCACGGCGAGUGCGGCCAUGACGCCGCAGCCGCUGGGUACACGUUCCACCAGUUCUUGGAUGCCGGCACCAUGGCGGUGGACUGCGUCGGCUACUAGCGCUCCUCUCCCUCUAUUCCCGGGUUUUUGCCGGACAGCAAUUAAUAUCUGUGUGUGUACUUACUACUACUUUAGGUUCUCUUUUCUCUCUUUUUUUCUUCCUGGAUUGGAUGAAGACAUUAAUCCAUAUUUUGUAGUAGUAGUUUUUUUAAGGUGAUUUUGUAAUAGUAACUUUUUUAGGGGUAUUUUGUAGUAGUAGAUGUGCCUAAUGGAAGGGCAUGACGCACAUAGAUCAUUUCCUUUUGAGAUGACAGUGUGCUCAAUUUGGUGGCUUGGAGGCCCACCAAAACUAAUUACCUUGGGUUUUGCUGUUAUUAUUGAUGAAAAAAACCUUUGGUCAAGUGGCCCAAUGUAAUUAUUUUAUCAUUGUAAAAUACACGUGAAGCUUAUGGUUUUUUCAA